UGUGCUUUGGACUUGUAUCUGAUGACAGCUCUACUGCAUGCAGUGAUACUAUACCCUUUGGCCUAAUAUAUAGUCCUACCUCUAUACUCCACUACUGUAUUCACACGUGCAUGUGAGACUGUGUUUGGAUCUUGUAAGCUGAAAAGGGAAAUCGAUUAGAUGAUAUACAGUAUAUAGAAGAAGCAAUAGCACUAUUCUGACACUGCCGGAUUAGCUUGUAAUCUUAUAGUAUUGGAGAGAACAUGCACACCAGCUGGUUGGUGCUGCUACUGACCCUAGCUACUGUUACCAGGAGUGAGCACUAUCACAUUGUGCCAGUGGAUUCAACUGACUCGUGUCAUGACUACCAAAAUGGAACUUGUUUCACUCUCGAGCAGCUUGUUCAAACAGCCCUGUUGUCUGGUGGAGACAAUCUCACCUUGAGCUUUCUGUCUGGUGAUCAUUUAUUAAGUGAAAUACUUUACAUUUGUAAUUUCAGAGAGGUGAUUAUUGCUGGCCAAAAUGCCACUAUCAAUGCCAACAAAGCUGGUAGAGCAGUGUAUUUAUCUAAUAUCCGUGCAUUGAGUAUUGAAGGUUUGAAUUUCACUGGAGCAGGUGAUAAAAAAAGUUCAGGCUACAUUUCUCAAGAAUUAUUUAUCGCUGAAUGCUCUUUGGUAGACUUGAAAUUGCUAAAGUUGGAAUCUUGUACACUCUGGAUCACUCAUGUGGUAACUGUGAGAAUUGAACAAGUUCUCUUUGUAAACAACACUAGCACUGACAGAGCAUUGCAUGUUAAAGCUGAUACUGUGUGCAUUGAAAAGAGUGAUUUCUUUAAUAACAAUGGUGGUGCAGUUUACAUUUACUCAAAGCAAACUGUUAUUAAUGAUUCAAGAUUCACUUCCAAUACUGGUACUACAUAUGGUGGAGCAGUAGAGGUGGCCUCUUCAAGUGUGACUAUCAGUUGGUGCAACUUUACAAAUAAUAGCGUUUAUUACAGCGGUGGAGCGAUUUAUGCCAGUGAUUUUUAUUAUAGUGGUGGCGGUAUUUCGGCAGUUAAUGUUUCAAUCAGUUUCUGUAACUUUAUGGAUAAUAUCGCUGAAUAUGGUGGAGCGAUUUCCACCUUCAGAACUAAUUUGUUCAUUUCCAACUGUGCGCUACUAAACAAUAGUGCUAUUAGUGACGGUGGAGCAAUUAAUAUCUGGUUUGGGAGUGUCUCAAUCUCUGACAGUGAGCUAGCGUACAACAGUGCUGAAAGAUCAGGUGGAGCGAUUUUGGUUUUGAAUGGAGAGUUACUGAUAUCCGAUAGCAAGCUAACAAACAACAAGGCACCCUCUGGUGGAGCGAUUUUGGUAUAUACUGGAACUAUAUCUGUCUCCAAAGUCAUGUUUAAAAAUAACAGUGCUGACAUUGGUGGAGUAUUUUUUGUUGCUGAUGGCACUGUGAUCAUUUCCGAUUCUCUGCUCACAAAUAACAGAGCAAGUGUGCCAGCUAAUGUACACACGUGCACUGAAGGAAGCUUUAAGCUUAUCAAGUCAGAUCCCCGGCUUUACAUCCCAUCCGUCAGGAUGUGGUGGACACCUACUCAUUUUUCAGAAAAAAACUGAGUGAACUCCUGAAAUGUGAUGCAUGUUCGGAGGCUAAUACUCCUUAGAAAAAUUAAUUAGAAAAUGUUUCCGCUAUCGAACUCUCAACCUUCCGAUCUUGAGUCAAGUGCUUUACUGGCCAUGCACCAUGAAGGCCUUCAGUCCUCUAUAUAGGUGCUAACUCACAAAUGAAGUCCUUUUCUGCAUAAAUUAUUGUCAAGGGACACCUCUAAAACAGUGUCUAUAACAGUGAAGUAAUCUAUCUACAUACAAUCUAUUGUACAGUGAAGUAAUCUAGAUCCUUAAAAUAUAUAUACAGGCAUUUAUUUCUUCAAGCCUCACACAUCUCACCCCAUGCAGAUUGUUACUGUACACACCCACACACCCACACAGGCUCUGUUAACCGGACUAAUAGUGAAAGGUGGCUAAAGAGAAACCAGAAGAGGCGCUAUUAACUGACACUGAGCUAGUAGUUUUUCGCUCUGUA